CUCUUUGUCUCUCUUUAACUUGCAGGAGUCAGAGUCAGAGAACAAGCUGGAUGGAGAGACAGCAUCAGACAGUGAAAGCAAAUCUGAAUUUGGAGGAUCGCCCCCGGUCCCGACAUCAGAUGACACUCCAGAAGUCCUGAACAGAGCUCUCUCCAACCUGUCCUCAAGAUGGAAGAAUUGGUGGGUAAGAGGCAUCCUCACACUGGCAAUGAUCACCUUCUUCUUCAUCAUCAUCUACUUGGGACCCAUGGUCUUAAUGACGAUAGUGAUGUGUGUCCAGAUCAAAUGUUUCCAUGAGAUUAUCACUAUUGGCUAUAAUGUGUACCACUCAUAUGACUUGCCCUGGUUCAGGACGCUCAGCUGGUACUUCCUGCUCUGCGUAAACUACUUUUUCUAUGGUGAGACUGUGACAGAUUAUUUCUUCACCCUGGUUCAGAGAGAGGAGCCCCUGCGAAUUCUCAGCAAAUACCACCGCUUCAUUUCUUUCGCCCUAUACUUAAUAGGUUUCUGCAUGUUUGUCUUGAGUCUGGUGAAGAAACACUAUCGCCUCCAGUUCUACAUGUUUGGAUGGACCCAUGUGACGUUGCUAAUUGUUGUUACCCAGUCGCAUCUCAUCAUUCACAACCUGUUUGAAGGAAUGAUAUGGUUCAUCGUCCCAAUUUCCUGUGUGAUCUGCAAUGACAUCAUGGCGUACAUGUUCGGGUUCUUCUUCGGCCGCACCCCACUCAUCAAGGUUCGUAACACUUCGGUGGACAAAACAUGCAUUUUGGCUUCUUUGGGUCUUAGUCCUGUGUUCCCUCAUCUCCAGUUUUUGUCCCAAGUCUGGUGGGACAUUAAUCCACUUGAAAACCAACUGGUCUAAAGCCCGGAGAGCACAGCAAGAGGGGCAAGCAGUGGACAGUGGUAUUCUCGUUGAAAAUCCCUCUCUGACAUGUUUUCCUUUCUGCAGAAGACAGUCCGGAUGUACCCCUUCCAAAUCCACAGCAUCGCACUGUCUACUUUCGCCUCCCUCAUUGGGCCGUUUGGAGGCUUCUUUGCUAGUGGAUUUAAGAGGGCCUUCAAAAUCAAGGACUUUGCCAACACAAUCCCAGGGCACGGAGGUAUCAUGGACCGCUUUGACUGUCAGUACCUGAUGGCUACCUUUGUUAACGUGUACAUUGCAAGCUUUAUCAGAGGUCCUAACCCAAGCAAACUGAUCCAGCAGUUCUUAACCUUGCGGCCAGACCAGCAGCUCCACAUCUUCAACACGCUAAAAGCACACCUUGUUGACAAGGGUAUGUUAGGUACUUUGGAGGACGCAUAGACAGCCGGGUGGUUGGAACAGGACUGAAAACAGACAAGCCUCCUCGAGGAAAUUCCUGGCUUGCCUGAUUUAAGACAAUAACAAGGCCUCAUUUCACUGUAAUUUUUCUUCCUUUCUUGGUAAACAUUUGCAUUUGUGGGUUUUUUUAAUAAGAUAUUUAUAUAGCUUUGAUUCAAAUGAGCAAAUCUUGCGUUUGUAGCUGAAAAGGAGUUAAGGCUUGGAAGGACUGUUGGGUUAAGUAGGAGGGUAUGACUGUCCUCGUGGUCUGUUCUUAACCUUCGAUGCAUGUGGGCAGA